AUGGCGUCUCUGGCUGUCGUAGGCACCUACGCUGUCGUAGCGGCCCUCGUCGCGAUCAUCCUGAACGUCACCCAUCAAUUGCUCUUUCGCAACGAGAAAGAACCUCCGGUCGUGUUCCACUGGAUUCCCUUCCUGGGUAACACCGUUAGCUAUGGAAUGGACCCCUAUGCAUUCUUCUUCUCUUGCAGACAGAAAUACGGCGACAUCUUCACGUUUGUGCUCCUGGGCAAAAAGACCACCGUGUACCUGGGUGUCCAAGGAAACGAGUUCAUCCUCAAUGCCAAACUCAAGGACGUGAACGCGGAGGAGGUCUACAGUCCACUCACCACGCCGGUGUUCGGGUCCGACGUGGUCUACGAUUGUCCCAACUCCAAGCUGAUGGAACAAAAGAAGUUUAUCAAGUUUGGUCUUACACAGGCGGCUCUCGAAUCGCACGUUCAGCUGAUCGAAAAGGAAACACUCGACUACCUCCGCGAAUCCCCACGGUUCAGAGGCACGAGUGGAGUGGUUGAUGUCCCCGGUGCCAUGGCGGAGAUUACAAUUUAUACGGCGGGUCGCGCGUUGCAGGGUGAGGAGGUCCGCAAGAAGCUUACCGCUGAGUUCGCUGAGCUGUAUCACGACCUGGAUAAAGGAUUCAGUCCGAUCAACUUCAUGCUUCCGUGGGCUCCGUUGCCACACAACCGGAAGCGCGAUGCGGCUCAUGCCCGGAUGAGGGAGAUCUACACCGACAUCAUCAAGGAAAGGCGCCGGAACCCGGAUGAGGAAAAGUCGGACAUGAUCUGGAACCUGAUGCACUGCACGUACAAGAAUGGACAGCCGGUUCCGGACAAGGAGAUCGCCCACAUGAUGAUCACGCUGUUGAUGGCCGGACAACACUCGUCUUCCUCCAUUAGUUCCUGGACCAUGCUGCGCUUGGCCUCGGAGCCUCAGAUGCUGGAGGAGCUGUACCAAGAACAGCUGGCCAACCUCAGCCAUAAAAAUGGUGCCUUUGAACCGCUCCAGUACGAGGACCUUGACAAGCUGCCACUCCUUCAGAAUGUCAUCAAGGAAACGCUGCGUCUGCACUCAUCCAUCCAUUCGAUCAUGCGCAAGGUGAAAAACCCAAUGCCGGUGCCCGGCACCUCAUACAUCAUCCCCGAGAGCCAUGUGCUGCUCGCCUCCCCCGGUGUGACCGCCCUCAGUGACGAGUACUUCCCCAACGCAACCCGGUGGGAUCCCCAUCGUUGGGAGAACCAGCAGCCCGACAAGGAGGAUGACGGCGAGAUGGUUGAUUACGGAUACGGCAGUGUGUCUAAAGGCACUGCUAGCCCCUAUCUGCCCUUCGGCGCUGGUCGCCACCGUUGCAUCGGAGAGAAAUUCGCCUACGUCAACCUGGGUGUCAUUAUCGCGACCAUUGUGCGUCACAUGAAGCUGUUCAACGUGGAUGGUAGGAAGGGAGUGCCCGGAACGGAUUACUCGACUCUCUUCUCCUGUCCCAUGAAGCCGGCCGUGGUUGGCUGGGAGCGACGCUUCCCGGAGAGUUUCAAGGAGUUUUUGAACUGA